AUGCCAUCCUGCUUACCAAACAUUGCUGGAGGCGUAAUAGCGCCUGGUUUUCAAGCCAUUAAAGGUGCAAGCACGUGUUUGAAAGACAAAUACGAUAAAGUGAAGAAGAUUAAGCAGAACUUGGAUAAACUCGAAAACGAAGAGAGAUUGGUUCAUGCUACCAAAUCAGAUUUGGAGGAUGCAAUUGCGAGGAACAGUAUUAAUAUGGAGCCAACCGAAACAGCCAAUACUUGGCUUGAGCUGGUAAAGGAGAAGGAAAGAGAAGUCCAAGAACUGAAAAACAAAUAUCUUCAUGUCCAUAAGUGCCUUUGCGGGAUGUGGCCAUUCUAUAAGCUUAUGAAGCUCAGUGAAGAUCUAAUGGAGAAAACGGAUGAACUGAAAGAGUUAAAAGCCAGCAUUGACUUGCAGAAUGCAUUGAGGGAGAAGAAAUUCGAUGCAGGGGAAAUAAAGCUUGCUGGAGAUGAAGAUCAUAUCCCUAUAUCAAUUACUGAGACGGUAGAAGAGCUGCUGAAGUGGCUGGAUGAUAAAGAGGUGAAGAGGAUUGGCAUAUGGGGAAUGGCAGGAGUAGGAAAAACCCGUAUCUUAAAGCACCUGAACGACAAAACAUACCAAUUGGGUAUGUUCAAUCCCAUUAUAUGGGUGAAUGUUCAGAAAGAAGGUACUGUCAACAACAUUCAAUCAGAUAUUUCGGCAUGGUUAAAGCUAGAUGUUCAACCCAAGGACACGACAGAACAUGUUGGAAGAAAAAUAUCCAAGGCCCUGGAGGAACUUGACUAUUUAUUGCUUCUCGAUCAAUGUCCUGGAGAUAUCAAUCUCGAAGAUGUGGGAAUUCUUCACAAGCACAAGGGAAAGGUAAUUGUUGCAUCCCGUGACAAACCUGACUGUGCUGCAAUGGAUAUUCAUAGAGUAUUCAAAGUGAGCAAGUUGUCUGAUGGUGAUGCAGAGGAACUGUUUCAGAAAACGGCAGGUGAUUAUGCAGAUCAUCCGCACAUCCAAGGAACAAAAGAGCAAAUACUCAAACAACUAGGUGGUCUCCCACUUGCAAUCAAAGCUAUUGCCAUAAGAUUAAAAGAUCAGCCGGAGUCCGUUUGGUAUGAUACAUUGAGGGAGUUGCAAUCUCCGAAGAACUUUGGUGAUCAAUUUGAGGAACUCUUCAAGGCUUUUGAGUUCUCUUACAACAAUCUACCUGGGGAUGAUUUCAGGAAGUGUUUACUUUACGGGGCAUUAUUUCCACCAGAUUAUCAAAUUGACAAGGAUUAUUUAACCGAAUGUUGGAUAUCCGAGCAAUUUAUUUCUGCCAUUGAGCUAGCUGGAGCAGAAACUAAUGUCCAAGAAUUAAGUGUAUCACGAGACAGAGGACACAGAAUCCUGCAAGCACUUACAGAAGCAUGUCUAUUUGAGUGGUGUUCCAGGUCAAAUUUUCUCACCAUGCCCACUCCUUUUAGAAAGAUUGCACUGACAUUUACCUACCCACAAGAAGGAGGCAGCAGCCUACUAGUGAGAGGACAAGAAGAAUUGACUAGUCCUCCAGAAAGGGAACAAUGGAUAGGCGCAAAAAGGAUCUCGCUAAUGUGCAACCAACUCAGGUCUUUGGCUGAAUGCCCUGAGUGUCCAACAACUACAACACUAUUGCUCCAGAAAAAUAAAGAGCUGGAGACAAUUCAUGAAUUUUUCUUUGAUUCUAUGACGCAGCUCAGAGUUCUUGAUCUCCAUCACACCAAAAUACAAUCACUACCACCAUCUAUCAUCAAGUUAGUUAAACUGAAAUCCUUGUAUCUCAAUGAGUGCUGGGGUUUGGUUUCACUAUCCGAACAUCUUGGAAAACUUACCAAUCUCGAGAUUCUUGAUAUCCGUAACACAGGCCUGCAGAGCUUGCCAACUGUAGUUGCACAGUUAGUAAGCCUGAGGUGCCUGAGAGUUUCCUUUGUUUACGAUCAUAAUAAUGAAGAUAAUCAGCCACGACAGAUUAUUCCCCAUAAUGUGAUUGGCCUACUUUAUCAUCUUGAAGAAUUGACCAUCAUUGUCGAUCCUAGAGAACAAAGCUGGAAUGACGUUGUCACAAGUGUUGUCGAAGAGAUCACAAACUUAGAAAGUCUGACUACACUUUUCAUCUACUUCCCAAAAGUAGAAUUCCUCACUACUUUCAUAGAUGAAAGUCGCUCCUGGAAAAAUACAAGGAGAUAUCGGCAAGAUAACAGUUUCAGAGCAUUCAGAAUCAUAGUUGGCUCAAAUGGAGAAAACCAUAACAAGGGGUUACAUAGUUCUAGAGGACCAGCUGAACGGCACCUGAGAUUUUCUGCAGGUGAAAAUGUCUGUUGUGAAGCAAUUCGAAAGGUUCUCAGAAGGUCCAGUGCUUUUGAAUUGAUUGGCAACCAAGACACUAAAAGUUUAUCAGACAUUGGAAUUGACUGUAUGAGGUCGUUGGCAGUUUGUGUAGUAGAAGGCUGUGAUCAGAUCAGCUCCAUCAUCAGCUGUGGCUCUGAUGCUGCUAGGAUUGUAUUUCCAUUCCUUGAGAAGCUACAUCUGGUUAACCUCAAGAGUUUGUGCUGCAUAGUGGAUGGUUCUGUCGGUACCCAAAGCUUCUCCAAAUUGACAAGCAUAAUAGUUCUUGAGUGUAGCAAGUUGAAGAAGCUUAUUUCACUUGGAAUGGUUAAAAAUUUGGAGAAUCUCAAGCAUCUGAAGAUUCAAGAUUGUUUGGGGAUUGAAGAGGUGAUAGAAACCAUGGAGAUACUGCCGCCCAAUGGAGAAUUGCUCAACCUUACUGGCUUCCUGCCAAAAUUGGAGAUUCUGGAGCUCGUGAAUCUUCCACUUCUGGAAAGCAUAUGUAAGAAUGACUCACUAGAUUGGCGUUCCUUACAGAAAAUAGAGAUCAUUGAUUGCUCCAAGCUAAAUACUUGGUCGAGAGGGAUGUACAAUGCACAGCAUUUAAGAAACAUUGAAUGCCAAGAACCCUGGUGGGGUCAGUUGCAGUUACCUGAUGAAGUUAAAGGGCAGCUAAAGAAGAGGUGUUAUUUCAUCUGGAAAGAAGUACCUUCUGUUUAUUAUACACCAAGGGAGGAUAGAAGUCAUCAGCCUCCUGACAUGCUAAGCAUGUCUGACCGAUUCGAGCAACACCGGAUGCGCCAUGAAGAUUCAAUCUCCCAAGGAAGCUCAUCAAGGAGGUAUAGUCCUUGA